AUGGGCUUUAAAGCCAUCGCGUGUGAUAUGAGAAAAACGUACGUCGGCAGAUUCACAGGAAUGCCUUCACGAUGUAGUUGCUGUCUGAAACCGAAAGGGUCUCCCAGAAUUCAUCUGCAAAAUCAGAUUCAGUUUAUAUUUCCUUCUUCAGUUGAGGUUGGCCGAUGA